UAUGUCCCCGGGACUCAGGGGGAAUUAGCGGUCUCGCGUGCGCGCGCCGAGCUAAGCCCAGUGGGUAUCGGGAGCGUGUGCGGAUUUUUGUGUCCCAUCUCAGGCCCGCGCCAACGCGCACCUCACGCGUCUUAGAAAUCAUCUUUAUUCUCACGGUCGUCCACCUCCACGGGGCAGCCAGCUGAUCCUCCACGAGCACAAAGGGAUGAAACGAAAAAGGCCGCAUGUCCGUCGUCACAGCAAUGAGUGAGUCGUCGUCCGUUCACUCUGCAAAGCUCGUCUCGUUGGCCCACUCGCUUUGCGGGCUUGGGCUCGACGCCACCAACGGAGGCCCCCCCGCUGUUGGCCUCCCUGACAACGACCAGCCUCCUCCUCAGGAGUCCGGCAUCGACCUCGGCCCAGGGCUCUUUUUCACUGAUGGCAAGAGGAAGGUGGAUUAUGUGCUGUGCUACAAAUACAAAAAAAGACAGGUAUCCAAGGGACGCCUCUCCAUUGCAUCCAACGGCAGCAUUCCCAUCCCCAUACCGGGUUUAUGGGAAAUGGACCCAGAGUCCGGAGAGGCAGGAGGAGGAACUACUUCGGGAGAUGCAGAGGAGUCAACGCUGUCUGAGGAGGAAAAGGCUCUCAUAAGGGAGGAGUUUGAAACCGGCCUGCUCGAUGCCGGCCUGCAGUUAGAACGCGAUAAAGAGAGGGCUAACAGCAUCAGUUUUAUCCGACUGCACAUCCCAUGGACAAUCCUCAGUCGAGAGGCGGAACUUCAGAAGAUCAAAGUUGCCGUGAAAAAGAAAUGCGAGCUGCGGAAAAGGGCGGGCAUUGCAGGAAUGUGGGACUCCAUCGCGGCGAAAAUUAGCACGCCGUUCCAGCCGGACGUUCCCGAUUUUGACGUCCAGCGGGACCCACAGACACGUGUCAAUUUUAAGACGCUCAAACACCCUUUCAUCAGAGACAAGCUCCACCUGUAUGACAUCACGGCAACAGAAACGGUCUUUGACAAUGCAACACGCAGCAGAAUAGUUGCAGAGAUUAUUUCACGCACCACCUGCAGACACUCCUGCCAAACCGCAGGCAUCAUGUCCUUAUUGGCUCGGGGGGUCUACAUCUCUGCCUUCCCUUUGCAUGACGGCACGUUUUCCAGGCGAGGACGUAAAGAUCGGCGAAAUGACAGACAGGUCCUCCACGAAGAAUGGGCCAACUACGGAGUCAUGCACAAAUACCAGCCCGUGGACCUGAUCAGGAAGUACUUUGGGGAGCAGAUUGGCUUGUACUUCGCUUGGCUAGGUGUCUACACUCAGCUCCUCAUCCCACCUUCUGUACUGGGCAUCAUCGUCUUCCUCUAUGGCAUCUUCACUGUGGACACCAACGUGCCAAGUCAGGAGACGUGCGACGACAACCUGAACAUUACUAUGUGUCCGCUGUGCGAUGGAGUGUGCGACUACUGGCGGCUGAGUACGGUCUGCUCGCUGGCCAAAGCGUCCUACCUGUUCGACAAUGGAGCUACGGUUCUCUUUGCCAUCUUCAUGUCUCUAUGGGCUGCUUGUUUCCUGGAGCACUGGAAAAGGCGACAGAUGUGUCUGAAACACACCUGGGACCUGACCAGCUUGGAGGAUGAGGAGGAGCGGGUCCAGGAAGAGCUGCGGCCUGAGUAUGAAGAAGCGUUACAGGAGAAGAAAGCCAAAAUGAAAGCCAAGUGGAAAAAGAAGUUGACUCAAAGUGGGGAUGGAGUGGAUGGAGAGAGGGACCAGAUGCUUUCCAACAAGCUAGAGCCAGAGUCCCUUGACAUCGAGGAUCACCUGCCAGGUUACCUCAUCAACAUAUCCACGCUACUGCUACUGGUUUUUGUGACUUUCUCAGCCGUAUUCGGGGUGGCCGUUUAUCGCAUCUGCAUGUUAAGCGUGUGGUCCAUGAACCCCGAUGCCGAGGCCAAAGCCAGCGUGAGGAUGACGGUCACCACCACAGGGAUCAUCCUCAACAUGCUGGUGGUGCUGGUGCUGGAGGAGGUCUACGGAGCCAUUGCUGUGUGGUUGACUGAGCUGGAGCUCCCAAAGACACAGGAAGAGUUUGAGGAGAGGUUGAUCUUCAAGUCUUUCUUUCUGAAAUCCAUGAAUGCCUUUGCACCUAUUUUCUAUGUGGCCUUCUUCAAGGGCAGGUUUUCCGGUCGGCCUGGCGACUAUGUUUACGUCUUUAGCGACUACCGUAUGGAGGAGUGCGCACCUCCAGGAUGCCUCAUCGAGCUGUGCAUCCAGCUCAGCAUGAUCAUGCUCGGAAAACAGCUCAUUCAAAAUAAUGUGUUUGAGGUUCUCAUUCCUAAGUUAAGGAAGAUGUACAGAAACUUACAGGAGCAAAAGGGCAAGGACAGAGGAGCCGAGGACGAGAUGGACGAAGCUGAAGAGAAGAGAUCAAAGCAGCAGUUCCACAGGGAUUUCGCCUUGGAGCCCUUUGAGGGCGUGAGCCCGGAAUAUAUGGAGAUGAUCAUCCAGUAUGGCUUUGUAUCUCUGUUCGUGGCAUCCUUCCCACUGGCACCCGCGUUUGCUCUGCUCAACAACGUAAUCGAGAUCCGCCUUGACGCCGCCAAGUUUGUGACCGAGAUCCGGCGGCCGGAUGCUGUGAGGUGUAAAGACAUAGGAGUAUGGUACAACAUUCUCUGUGGAAUCAGCAAGUUUUCUGUCAUUACCAAUGCGUUUGUUAUCUCCUUCACAUCGGAGUUUGUGCCCCGCAUGGUGUACCAGUACAUUUACAGUGACAACGGCACCAUGAGCGGCUACACUGAGCACUCCCUGUCCUACUUCAACGUGACCAACUUUCCACCAGGCACCGCGACCAACACAACACUAUCCAUGUGCAGGUAUAAAGACUACAGGGAUCCACCAUGGGCGCCAGAUGCCUACACCUUCUCUAAACAGUACUGGUCUGUUUUGGCUGCAAAACUGGUCUUUGUAAUAUUCUUCCAGAACCUCGCCAUGUUCCUCAGCAUGCUUGUGGCCUGGAUGAUCCCCGACGUGCCGCGGUCACUGCGGGAGCAGCUGAAGAAGGAAAACAUGAUGCUGAUGGAGUUUCUGCUCAAUCAAGAUCAGGAGCCUCACACUAAGUCGCGCUCCACGUUUCCCUUUCCAGCCAACAUAGACAUUGUGGUGGAGCCACCAUCAGAGGAGCAGCAGCUCCAGAAGGAUGUAGAAGAAGAGGAGGAGGUUGAGGUUGACUUAACUCAAGAGGACCCUAGUCGCAUCAGUGAUAGUGACUCAGAAGCUGGGAAGUCAUUUGAGGAUGUAGUUGGAAUGGGAGAAGAAGAGCAAGGACAUGGGUCUGAGCAAGAGGAGGAGGAAAAGAAAGUAAGCGAGGGAGGUGAGCAAGUGAGAGAAGAUGAAAGGAAGAGCGAACCUCAAAUAGAGGAAGAGGCGGCUGAUGAAAAAGUAGCAGAUGAGGAAAACAAAUCACUUGUGGAUCUGGACGCCCUCAUGAUCCAGCUGGGACUCUUAGAUGGAGAUGCCUCAUCAAUCAAAGAUACAGAGAUUCCACAUUCAAGCUUUGAACAGAACCUUCCAACCAAAAGAGCUUCCUGCCAGUCACUGAACAGCGCCGUGGCAGAAAUGGCCCCCUCCCACACGGACGCGAGGCUCUUCGCACCCAUCACUCAUCCGCUCCAAGAACGGGGCGCCAGGGCCAAGACCCGCUGCUCCACCCUGCCUUCACGCCACCGAGGGGCGGAGACGUGUUACAGCCUGCCUAAACCCAGCCACUCCAGCAGCCUGUCCAGGUUCCAUCAGCAGGCGUCGCUCACGCCGCUGGUCCCCCUCGGACUUUCACUGUCAGCCAAACCCGACACAGAGUCCCCACAGCGGCCCACCAGCUCCGGUCAACUCUUCUUGCUCAAAGGCCCCCCGCCUCAGCAGCCUCGCUCCAGGGGCAAAGGCCGGUGCUCCACCCUGCCCUCCAGACAAAGAGCCCCUGGCUCAGAGGAGCACCCCACCAAGCCGAGCCAUUCUACGAGCUUCACAAAGCUGGGAGACCGAGUGCCCCCUUCCCCCAGUGAACUUAAACGCAACACACCAGUAUGAGUGGAGGUGGGAGGCAGCAGAAAGAAUGGAGAGGAACACUAUCCAGAUUAUUAUCUUGCAUGUGCCUGGAGCCUCAUCCCCAUUCCUUCGUAAUACCCCUCCAGCCACCUUCUUCUCCUCCUUAAUUGCCACAAAUGUUUAUACCACGCAGGACAAUUCAGAGGAAUGUGACCGUGAUCCUCCGAAACACUCCUUGUCGCUCAUCGAGGGAACUUUGAGUCUUUUUGUUAUUUAUUGUUGUUGGUUUCCCCCCCCCCCCCCCCCCCCCCCCCACAGAUGCAGCUCAAAUAGCCCACGGUCCUUGGUGAUGCUCAGCUUUCCCCAUGCGUCUCGUCACCACAGAGCGUGGGAGCUAGAGAAUCCACAGUUACGCUUGCAGAUCAGAUUUUAUUUUUAGAGGUUUUUGAUAUACAAAAGAAGGCAAACUGAUAAUAAAAGAACAACAUAUUUUUUAUGGCUGUUUGUUUUUUUCUUGUGAAAUCUGCUAGGUAAU